AUGGGCACAAUAGGUGAGGCGAACGAGGCCAACGAGAGCGGUGUGAAAGACGUUCAAGAGCAAGGAGCCAUUGAGAAGAGUGAAGACAGUGGAACGAGCGGCGUUAAAUACCACAAGUCAUCCAGCACGAAGGAGGGUUCCGGCAAGAGUGAAAAGGAGCAGCACCACGCCGUGCGAGCGACGGAGCCGGACGAAGGUCGGACUGGCGACGGGUGGGAGUGGAGUGGGACGUCGGCAGAGCAGACAGCAGUGUUCGAGUGAGUGAGAGGAGGGCGGGAGCAGCUACAGAUCAGGCAGGAGUGACUGAUCAAGUGGAGUGUCGGAAGGGAGCGAAGGUAGAGCGAAAGUUUCGAGGAGGAAGCACAGGGUAGAGGCUCUGAGUC